CCGGUAGUAGCUAGCCUAGCUGCAUUUGCAAUGCAAGCGCUAGCUAGCUAGCACUGCAUUGAAUGGGAUGUGGCGAAGAAUGUUUCAUGGCGGAGGUGUGAUGUCCCGCUCAGCUCAGUGUUUCGCUUGCAAGUGCUUCCCCCUGCCUCAUUCCAUCCAGGCUUCCGUCAAGGUCCAGAGCAACUGCCACCCGCCAGUGCCCAAAUUCACAAACGGUUUUGGAGCCUCUUGCUAUUUCUCACAAACAGCCACAGUCCACGUAGGCUCUCAAUUAGUCUGUUUGCAAUCUAUCAGAUUCCCCACAACUUCUCAUUCUAAAUUAGGGCACAGCCUCGACAUUGAAAAGCUCUCGACCACUUCUCCUUUUGUUCCAUCAUUUCACAAAACGACAUUUCUUAGCAACGUCACGCACGCUGAAAGGUACGUGACCGUCGCGGGUGCUUGUCACGUGUCCUCCCCAGCUUCUCACAACAACAUGGCUGGGCCAUCGCCUGGGGUGGUCGAGAUGGUGGAACUCAACGCACAGGAGGAGAGGAUCUUUAAUACACUCAAGCAGACGCUCGCGCACUUUGGCCUGAAGACGCAGCUCAGGGUGGCGGGCGGGUGGGUGCGCGACAAGCUCUUGCGCCGAGACUCUGGCGACAUCGAUAUUGCCCUGGACGACCAGAUGGGCGUCGACUUUGCGGAGAAGGUGAACGAGUACCUGCGGUUGCGCGGCGAGCAGACGCGCGAGAUUGGGCACAUCAAGAGCAACCCGGACCAGUCCAAGCACCUUGAGACUGCCAAGGUCAAGAUCCACGGCACCGAGAUCGACUUCGUGAACCUGCGCUCAGAAACGUACGCAGAGGGCAGCCGCAUCCCGGAGGCGACGUUUGGCACCGCAGAGCAGGACGCGUUCCGACGGGACCUCACCAUCAACUCCCUCUUCUACAACAUUGGCACGGGGGAGGUCGAGGACCUCACCGGCAAAGGCAAAGCGGACCUGCUUGCUCGCGUCAUCCGUACGCCCCUCCCCCCCCGCACCACCUUUCUCGACGACCCGCUGCGCGUGCUGCGCGCGGUGCGCUUUGGCGCGCGCUUCGGUUUUACGCUUGACCCGGAACUGGUGGAGGCAGCCAGCAGCGCGGAGGUGCGUGCGGCGCUUGGCACCAAAGUCAGCCGCGAGAGGAUGGGAGUCGAGAUCGAUUUGAUGCUCAAGGGCCCCGACCCCGUGGGUGCCAUGCGCUGGUUCGACCGGUGCGGCCUGUUCUCGACCAUCUUCCAGCUGCCGCCCAACUGCGCUCCGGCGGAGCCGCAAACCUACGGCCAGUCUGCCGUUGCUUCUUUGGCGAGCAGUGCCGCGCUCCUCGACGCUUGGCCCAAGACGGAGGUGGAUUCGCAGCUGCCGCCGGAGUUGCGGCGCAUCUUUCUGCUGGCCGCGUUGCUGCUCCCGGUGAAGGCUGUGACGUACAAAGAGAAGAAGAGCAUGCAGCCUGUGUCCAAGUUCGUCAUCCGGGAGGGGCUGAAACUGCCCGCCAAAGACGCUGACAGGGUUGCCGCGCUGCACGUCGGCUCCGACGAGUUUGCCGCUGCUGCCCCCGCGCUGCUGUCCCCCGACGAAGAGGCCGCCACCAGCACGACGGGCGAUGGAAUGGACUCGCUCUCGGCGCGCCGACGCAUCACUGCGGGACACUUGGUGCGGCGGCUCAAGGAGCUUUGGCACGCGGCCGCCAUCCUCUCCGCUGUGUCCGCCCUCUCUUCCGAACCCUCCAAACCCUCCGACGCCGCCGAGACUGCCGCCCUGCUCGUGCAAUCGGUCCGAGAAAUGGGCCUGGAUCGCGCCUGGGAGAUGAAGCCUCUGCUCGACGGAAAGGCGAUCAUGGCAAUGGUAGGGAAGCCGGGGCCACAAAUCGCAGAGCUGACGCAAAAGGUGUUAGACUGGCAAUUCGCGCACCCGAAGGGCUCGGUGCAAGAGUGCUCGCAGUGGUUAGAAGGGGUGUGGAGAAGCCUAGGGUCCUCAGAACAGCACGGCAACACGUAUCCUAGUAAGAAACAGCGGUGAGGCGGUGAGGGUUGAAUGAGACCGUCGGGCACUUCCGUGCAAACGUGUGCCAUAAGCAUGGACGGUCCCCGGCUCCACCGCCGUUUCAUGAGUGUAUCAUGUAUACAUAGAUAUGACAUGAGCAGCUGCAUUCGAACCGACU